CUGAUUUCAUCUUUUUUCCAAGAGGCUAAAUCACAUAGUUAUUCAGCAGUUGUGACCAAGUGCAAUACCUUAUAACAUGGGCAGUAAUGUCUCUAAGAAGAGGAGAAAGUCUUCACUCUCUGACAGUGAAGCCCGUGCGAAGCUGCAGAGGAAGAUAUGUGUGGCCGAUGAGACUCCUGAGCCCGUCUACGAUCUCUCCACAUGCCUGAUGCGCAAUGUGCCAUCAGGAACCUAUGCAAAAUGCAAGGUGCUCAGAAAACAGCAGCUUCUCUUGCAGGACAACCUGCUGACAUCGCUGGAGGGCGGCGGGCAGCUGGCGGAUCUCGUCCUGCUGCAGGUCCUGCGUCUGGACAACAACUGCCUCAGCGUGCUGUCGCCCGGAAUCGCGUCACUGGGCAGACUCCAGGUGCUGAACCUGUCGAACAACUCCCUGAAGCACCUGCCGCCGGCGCUGGGUCAGCUGCAGCAGCUGCGACAGCUCAUCUGUCACGAUAACGCUCUGCGCGGGGUGCCGGAGGCGGUCGGCCAGCUGCCGCUACUCACAGCGCUUGACCUGAGGAAGAACCAGCUGGAGACACUGCCGGCGCUGCGGAACAUAGCUCGCAUGUCCGAGCUGCACGUGGAGGACAACGAGUCACUGACGUCUCCCCCGCCGGAGGUGGUGUCCCAGGGCUCAGACGCAGUCAUCGAGUUCCUCUGCAAAGAGGCGGGUGUGGAGCACACGGGUCCGGUGGACGACGACACUGCCGCCAGUCUGCCGCCGACCAACUCACAGUCCUAUACAGAUGGCAUGGACGGUCUGGAGGAGAAGAUGAAUAUCUAUGACAAAGUAAAGGAGAACAAGCGUCUGGAGCUGCUGGCGCUGGAGCGGGAACUGAACGAGUCCAUAUCGCGCGAGGGACGCCGCAUCGGACAACAGGAGGAGUUCAAAAAACAGCUGCUGGGUGAGCUGGUCGAGGAGCAGGCGCGGCUGGACGCGGACGUGGCGCGCGCCGCCCAACAGCGCACCAGAGACCAGCGGCGCAUCCUCGAGUCGGUGGCGCAGCUGGAGAGCGAGGCGGACCGCAGCACGGCUGAGGUGGCGGCGGCGGCGGCCCGGCUGCGCGACCCGGCCGCCGUGCUCGCCCGGCUCGAGAUGGACCGGAAGGAGCUCGAGCAGCUGGUCACCGUCAGACAGGAGGAGUGCGACGCGCUCCGAAAACACGACGUGAUGGACUCGAUGGAGAAGAUGAUGAGAGAGAAAAUGGCGAUGGAGAACCAGCUGCACGAGUAUCAGCAGGGCCGCGACAGGACCAUCCGGGAGGCGAUCUCACAAGACCAGCGGAUGAACGAGCAGCUGGGCCAGCUGCUAGAGGUGAAGGGGUCGGAGCAGGAGGCGCGCAUCCAGCAGCUGCUCAAGGACGAGACCUUCCAGCGGCAGGCCUUCUUCAACCUCUACCUCCAACAGGACUCGAGUCGUCUGCAGAUUCUGCACCAGAUCUCGGAGGCGGAGGACGCGCUGAUGCGACUGACCAUGGUGGAGGCCAACCAGCGAGACGCUACCAAAGAGUCCGAGCUGUCGCGUCUGUCUGAGAAGCGGCACCAGCUGACGACACUGCUGGUUCAGCUGCUGGAGCAGCAGGCCGCCCGGGAGCGCGAGCUGCAGAAGCGGCUGGCCGAACUGGACGAACAGCGGCUCGGAGAGGUCGAACACUACUGGCUCGUGCAGUACCAGCGCCUUUUGGACAGUAAACCUGAGCGCAUCAGGCGUCUGGAGGACAAGCUGGAGCCGCCGCUGAAGAAGCUGCUGCAGUCGGCCGGCGCCGAGGAGUACCUGACCAUGUUCGCCAACAGCGGCCUGACGCUGAAGCAGGUGCUCUACAUGGACGACACAGACCUGCUGGAGCUGGGUGUGACGGACCUGUCGACUCGGGCGGCCAUCCUACGGCAGACCGAGCUGGUGAGGGAGGAGGGCGCGGACAUGAGUCCCCGCCCGCCGUCCGCGCCGGCCGGGGACCUGCAGCCCGCGCCGGCCGCCGCCGGGGGGACAGAGAUGGAGCCCGAGGAUAAACUGGCAGAGGAGGGGGAGGCGGAGCGGCCGGCGCCCUCCGCGCCAGAGCCAGAGGAGGGUGCCAUGGCUGGACCUUCAUCCAUGCCACGGACAACGCACACAGAGCUAGAGUGUGUCGUCUGUAUGGACCACAAGACGGAGGUGAUAUUCCUCAACUGCGGCCACCUGUGCGUGUGUCGCCAGUGCGCCGGGCCGCUGAGCAGCUGUCCCAUGUGUCGCCAGGUGGUGAUGCAGAAACUGGUCAUCACCACCGUCCUCUGACGGACAGGGGACGAGCCGGCCGGCGGCCAGGGGUAGGCAGGGCGGGGACUGAGCGACCGGGGGCUAUACUGGGGGGCUAGACAGCUGUUCCAGUCAGCAUUACAGGGAUGGCAGGAUGAAAAGCGGAUUAUUUGCAUUGGCCAGGACCUUGCUUUUGAGCCGAGUCUCGGUAAAGCUGGGCACCCAUAAAACAAUGUAUGUAUGUAUUGACGAUCAAGAGCAAUCCACAAUCGGCGUGGCGAGCAACGCCGUUCUUGUCAAGAGGAAUGAUAAUUUAGAGAAAGUCAAGGAGUUAACCUCAACAUAGUUGAGAUUAUUGCUACAGACAGUCACAGAUGGAUGCCAGUUGAUAAAUGGCCGUUAUCAGUCAAUAGGCGUCACAGUUUUGACUGAAUACUUUUUGUAAUCGUUUCUGUGUGGUGUAUGCAGUGAUCUAAGUCAGGGACUAUGGAAGGACUGUAGGUCCAGGAAGCCUGAACCAGACCGAUUGCCGAGUUUGACUCGUUUGAGUUCAGGCUCAUUUACUAUUCAAUACUCCGUAGUCCUUAUAAUGUUGAAUUUGUUUUACUGUAAUAGUGAACGGUAUAAUGUUACCCCUAGCUAACAGUACGAUAGAAUACCAAGCGUUAAACGCAAUGGCAUAAUUCCGUAACUAAAUAAACUGUGAAUGUUGCCGUUCCCUGUGAUACCAAACUAAUCGAUAAAGAUGAUAAUUAUUGUUAUUAUUUUGAUUUAGCGUUAGGUGCGCGAUUUUGAAAGUGACAUUGAACACCCUAUAGCGGCACGUGUUAUAUUAUUGCUUUUUUAACUUUACCACAAGCUUGGCACACCCGGCUUUUCCAAGUCCAGAGGAAUUGAAAGAUUUCCUCCUGUGUUGAAUCAUAUUCUAGUCGCGAAUGUAUAGAGAAACUGGCAUUGUAAACAACUAUCCGCAUGGUGUGGCCACGGGGACCAUUGCUAAACGGGGCGCGAUGCAUGAGAGGGGAUUGGUAUCUGGGAAAAUGUGUACCAAUGCCGGUACUCGGUAGUUUUAUUAGUGAGCAGUUACGAUGCCAGUCAUAGUCGAGUAGUCUUUGUCUAGGGAUUCUGAAUGCAUAUAGCUGCUGUUGUGGUUGGCGCGUUUGCAUGCCUGGCUGCUGCUGAACUAUGUAUAGUAGCUUAGGCAACAGUGAAGAAAUCCGGCGGGGGCUGCAUGAAAUAUACAAUAUUGCAUGCAUGAAUUCAUAGGUAUUUAUCUUAUCCGCACUUUGCACCUAGCUAGGUAAAUGCACAGUGCACAUGCAGCAUGCACGUCUGUUGCAUUGUCGACGUCUUUUGCACGCGAUUCGCCGGGAUCAGUAGCCUGUGACCGAAGGUGCAGCUGAGGUCACUUUCAUUGUCAUCGCCGUUUCCACUGGGUUGGUCUCCCUUUCUGUGAACGGGGACUGGCGCUGCCCACGGUGCCUAUUUUUCUACGACUGAUUCGACCGAUCAAUGCAUGGGCAGGUAGUAGCAGAGUGUUCCAUAUACUCUGGUAGCAGUAGCGUAGUCUAUUCAGUCCACUUACCGCCUUAUCUGUGUCGUAGGUCCAGAAUUAAGUGAUGAUGGUGUGCCCUGAACCGAAUGGAAGCCAGUAUCUUUGCUUGCCAGUAGCGGAUAUAUUCAAUAUUCAUCCCUGCGUGCUCAUAAACUCAGCUCCCCUAAUCCAACCACAAUAGCACGCAAGACUGCGUGAUAGCGCCGAUGAACAGAACAGCUGUUAGGAGUUAGGUCCCGCCUCUUCUCAUCGGCUAAAGCGUAUGGGUUAGCUUUUCGCGUUUUUCGCGGACAUCUGACGAUAAACUUUGUUGCUAUCAUGUAGCAGCAGCUGCCAUACCACUCAGCUAUUUGCCAUAUCUCAUAAUGGUGAGGUGGAUACGCGUGUUGUGCAGAUUUGACUAACUUUGUUGGGUGUUUCACAUCGAUUUCCACACAGUGCAAUUUGGCGUGUGCCAUAGUCGUGCUCAGCACGUGAGGAGCGAUCGCUGCCCGCCCGUUCACUGCUGGGUGGUGAUUUAGUGCUGGUGUUUACCGCCCGCCCGCCCGCGUGGUGCCGCGCGGCUGGUGUUGAUUUGAACUGUCGUGGGCGCGCGGUGGCACCUGGUGAUCACGUCUGGGACGCCGGGGGUUCAGUGGCGGUAACUUGUAUCGAGUGUUGUGCUCCGAGUGCAGCGCAGUGACCUUGUGCUCGCUACUCGCUCGCUGCCUGCGACUGGUACUGCGGUACUAUGUGUGGUAAGUGCUGCGCGGUACGAGGGGUACCGAGUACUCUGUACUAUGUGUCGUGGUACUCAUGCUGCAGUACCGAGUGCUCCGUACCGGUUCCACCGCUGACGGUACGUCGUCCGGUAUGUUACCGAGUGUUCCGACAUUGCUGCAGAUUCAAUACACGGCACUUCGCCACGUACUCUCA